UUAGUCACUUCAACCGAAACACGACACCUUUUUUCAGUCCACCAACUUUCUAGUCUAUCCUACUCCCUCUCUCUCACACAGUAACACAUACUCACGGAAUCUCAUUUCAUCCGCGUCAACGAAUACUGCACAUGAACGGUGUUUAAGAAGGUUCAAUAAGUCAUGGGUAACAAGAUAACAAAAAAGUCAAUUGAAGGCCGUUAUUCAUCUUAUGGGUCCAGUUCAAGUUCGUGGAACCAUGAUGGCUAUCCCCAGUCAACAUAUGAUCAGCCAAGUCACAAUUAUGUGCCUCAAUCUCCAUAUCAAUCCUAUGGAGGUCCUCCCCCUCAGUCUAAUAAGAGAAAGCUGGAGAGAAAGUUUUCAAGAAUAGAUGACAACUACAGCAGCUUAGAUCAGGUCACCGAUGCCCUUGCACGUGCUGGCCUGGAAUCUUCAAAUUUGAUUGUUGGUAUUGAUUUCACCAAAAGCAACGAGUGGACAGGGGCAAGGUCAUUUCAUAGGAGAAGUUUGCAUCACAUUGGGGAUCGGCAAAAUCCCUACGAACAAGCAAUAUCAAUUAUUGGAAGAACACUAUCCAAAUUUGAUGAAGAUAACUUAAUUCCUUGUUUUGGAUUUGGAGAUGCUUCAACACAUGACCAAGAAGUCUUCAGUUUUUAUCCAGACGAGAGGUUUUGUGAGGGUUUUGAAGAAGUGUUGAGACGAUACAGAGAAUUAGUCCCUCAAUUACGUCUUGCAGGUCCAACAUCAUUUGCUCCUGUCAUCGAAAUGGCUAUCACUAUUGUUGAACAAAGCAGGGGCCAGUACCAUGUUCUACUGAUCAUAGCUGAUGGACAGGUGACAAGAAGUGUUGACACUGAGCGUGGACAUUUAGGUCCCCAGGAGAGGAGAACUGUCGAGGCAAUUGUCAAAGCAAGUGAAUAUCCAUUGUCAAUUAUUUUAGUUGGAGUCGGCGAUGGACCCUGGGAUAUGAUGAGAGAAUUUGAUGAUAAUAUCCCUGCUCGAGCUUUUGAUAAUUUCCAGUUCGUAAACUUUACAGAAAUCAUGUCAAAGAACAUCGAUACCUCCAGGAAAGAAGCUGAAUUUGCCCUUUCUGCCUUGAUGGAAAUACCUUCUCAGUAUAAAGCAACACUCGAGCUCAACCUACUUGGUGCUUCUAGAGGAAAGGUUGUAGACAGGAUUCCCCUUCCCCCUCCCAGAUACGGUGGAGCUUCUUUUGUCACACCAAAGCCUCCCCAUUCUAACAAUUUUUAUCCAAGUGCACCUUCUUCUAGUGGACAUGAUUCAGUUUCUCAAAGGAGUCAGCCUGCAGCCGAUGCUUCUGAUAAUCAUCUUUGCCCCAUCUGCAUUACAAAUCAAAAGGAUAUGGCAUUUGGCUGCGGUCACCAGACUUGCUGUGAAUGUGGAGAAGACCUCUUGUCGUGCCCAAUCUGCCGAAAGACCAUUGAGACGAGGAUAAAGCUUUACUAAACAGCAUGACCCUUGCAUUCGCCCCAGCUCAGACGGACGAGAAAUUCGACGACUCGCAGCCUCAUAACAUGUCCAUACGGAAAGGAUUUUCAGUUCAUUUUCAUCUAAGAAAUAUAGGGCCCAGAAAUUUGGAGUUUACACCUUAGGCACCUCCAUUUACUACACAUUCAAUUUCAGCGAAUGAAAGGAUGCUUACACUUGGGUGCAGAAAUUUGGUUAGGGCUGAAAAGGGGUUGAUAAAUGCACAUUUGGAAGCUCCUCAGAUCCUUAUCUCAAAACAAAGGGAAGGGAAUUACGGCGAAACUGGUAGAUGCUAUGGACUUAUAAGAUUCAUACAUCUUGAGAUUCUAUUUUUCCCCCCUUUUUUACUCUAUUCUCGCUCGAGAAGUUAUAGUUGAGAAGACCACACACUGUUUAAUAAGAUUAAGAAAGAGAGAUAUUGAAUCUAAUAGCAUUCGAGACA